CUAUAAAAAUGCGAAGUCAUUUGUUAAUAAUUUAGUUUCAACAUUGAAAUUAAGAGAAAAAAAAUUUUUACAAUGUUGAAAGUUAUUUCUCUACUUUUUGUACUCGUUACACUUUCAAAUGCUGUCAUUCGAAAGUCCUCUUUUACUUCGGGACAUGUAAUAAAGGGCAAAGAGGCUACUGGUAUAAAUUUAACAAAAGAUAAGAAUGGCCAAACAGUGAUCGAGUGGACAGAACAGUUUGACAGUUAUAAUGAUUUGACAGUUUACAUUAGUCAAAUUUAUGAAGACACGGGACGAUUGCAAGUAAUUGAACUUGCCAAUCUCUGUAAAGAAUAUCCAAAUGAUUCAUUUGAUCAAACCAUUAAGCUAUGGAUGCUUAAAUUUUUUAGACAUACUAAAAGAUGUCCAAUAAAGACGGGUAAAAUAACACUAAGAUAUCCUUUAAGAAACACAUACAAUGCAACAAUAGCAGGUAAAGAGUGUGGACCAAUUCUUUCAACGAUUCAAUUUGUGAAAACUAAAAAACCUGAUUCCAAUUCUGACAAGGCACCUUUGAUGAUCAGUGCUCAAUUAAGAGGAGCAGUGACUGGUUGUUAGUAUAAAAUAAUAACCAAAACAAUAUGUAUCUUCAAAUGUUAUUAAAUACAUCAAAUUAUAACUCGG